AUGCCUCUUUUCGAUCUUGGUUCUCUCUUCCUCGACCACGUCGUUUUCAUCACCAACUUGGUCUACAUCAACAUCGCCUUGACCAAUGCAGAGCCCAGCAUACUCUUCCCUCUCUAUGUUGUGUCGAAACUGCUGGCUCGAGGACCUGACGAUUGGGAUUCCCCUACUGCGAAAUGGCCGCCGCCGCUCAACCGCCCUUCCUAUUUCUCUGCCGCUCCUGAAGGCGCCUCGGCUUCUGCUCCCGCACUGAGUUCGCCAGUGAGGCGCCCGGCAUUUGUUCCGCAUCCUUCGUAUGGUCCCGUUCUGCCGUCCGACUCUGGUCCAGCCGCCUCCGAUUCCCAGGCGCAUUCAAAUGGGCAUACCCCCGACAAUUUGGAUUCGCGCAUGGAGAAGGGCUCUAGUAAAAGGUCACCCAAUGGUCGGGUUGGUCUUCGUGAUAGGAUCGUCUGUCAUACGUGGACAUGGUUCACCAUGGCAACUGGAGGAAUGGCAAAUGUAAUACAUUCCCUUCCGUACCAAGCUGCGUGGCUAAAUGGCAUAGCCAUAGCCUUCUUCCUACUGAACGUUCUUCUUUUCGUCAUGAACUGUGUCUUGGCAACAUUACGUUUUCACUGGCGCCCAGGGACCUUGGUUCAUACCUUCACCGACCAGACAGAAUCACUGUUCAUACCGGCAUCUUUUGGUGUUCCGUAUGUUGGGCCAUGGCUCCUGAGGAUUAUGCAAAUCCUGUUCUGGUCAUAUACCGCGAUGAGCGUGCUGGCUAGCGCUACCAUAUACUUGGUCCUCUGGUCUACAUUAGUCUUCCCCAUCCACACUAUGACGCCAACCUGGGUAUUCCCAGCCUAUCCUCUACUUCUCACUGCGCCCUUCGCCUCAAACCUCAUCACUGCCGCAUCCCAGACAAACCAGACACAGGUCAUCUUGAAUAGAACGGCGAUUGCGCUCUCUGCUGUGGCCACACAAGGUGCAGGAUGCUUGAUCGCCUUCAUGAUCUCAGCCGCCUUCAUCUAUCGAUUAAUGACACAAAAGUUGCCGCGCGACUUUCAGCGGCCUGGUGUGUUCAUCUCUAUCGGACCAUUUGCGUUCACGGUUGGCGGGAUAGUUCUGCUGGGGAACCAAGCCGAUAAGAUCUUGCCUCAAGGAUUCUUAGGCACCGACUUAGCCGUGCCAAUUAUCAAGGUGCUCUCUGUCAUGAUCGGAUUGUGGCUCUGGGGUCUCUCCGUGUGGUUCUUUGUCGUCUCCGUCGGGUCGUUGUGGAAGUAUGUGCGGCCAGCAAACAAGAUGCCUUUCCAGAUGACGUGGUGGUCGUUUGUGUUUCCCAACACUGCACUCGUCACUGCCACUGCAGCCCUUGGAAAAGUGUUCCAGAACUCUGGCCUUCAGAUUUUUGCGUGUGUCAUGGCUGCAGGAUUGAUUGUUGUAUGGGUUGUCGUGUUUGUAACCAUGUCGGCAUUGCGCCGACGCCAAAGCAGCAACGCAGCCUCAACCAAGAACAUUCCCAUCCAUACACGCCAGCAGUCCAAGUCGACCAUUGAGCCAAAAUCGAGCCAUGUAGCCGACGACUUCUUGCAAGACUUUUUGGAUCCCUCUUUUGAUCCUGCAGCCUACCUCAACGCUUCGCUGCCGCCGUUACAGCCCAGCGGUCACUAUGCCUCACGCAACGGAGGCCAAACUGUUCCUUUGGCCGAUCUCUCCAACGAGGCGCAGACGCUGCUGUCCCAGCUCAAUGUCCACACGACCAGGCUCUCAGGAACCCUCACACAGCUGACUGACGAUAUUCUGAGAAGUGGCAGUCGACUUGCGUAUGAGGUCGAACUCUUGCGAGGCGAGACGUUGAGUCUUGCCGAGACAAUGAACGACAAGUUACAAGACGACAUCAAAAAGUUCGUCCCCGGUGGUCUUAGUGAGGCCACGAAGGACGCUCCUUCUAAGACGACGGACGCGGAGGAAAGGAGGGCUUCAGUCGGCGCGACCAAGGCGGAAGAAGCCACCGCAGCGACGGUAUUGACCGAGGAUGAGGGUGCAGUUGAGGAGCCACCGUACAUCAAGCAGCUGCGCACCCUGACUGUCGUGCGGUCUCGCCUGGACUCUGUAAUCAAGACGUUUGGCGACGCCAUGGACUUUGUGUUCCCCCCUUCGGAACUCUCAGUCAGCUCAUCGUUUCUCUCCGUCUCAGCGCCGGAGCCCGGCUCCGAUCAGCACAGCACAGAGGACAAGGGCCAGCAGGUGCUUCAGAAGCUGCGGGACGAGAUAUCACAGCUCCUGCACAAAUCAGAGGAUCCCGUUCAGGGGAUCGAGAAGGCUGCGCAGCGAAUCGAGGAGCUCAAGGACCUCAACCAAGUGUGGAAGGGCACGGCGGAGGAGAAGGGACGGACAAAGUUCAUUGAGAGUCUGGCCAAGAUGGUCGAGGACCGGCACCGCGAUCUGAUGAAGGAGGUGGACCAGGCGAGUCGGAACCAAGGCAAUGGGAAUGAGGGGAGAGCGCGCAAGGGGAGCGUUCAUGCCGACCCCGCGGAAACGAAGACAUAUCUUGGUGGCUAUGGCUUGAUGAGCCAGCUGCAGAAGCUUAGAAGCGGACUGUAG